ACUUCCUCUUGAAUAUCGCCAUCAUGAAGAUCGAAUUGUGCGCGUUCAGCGGGUACAAAGUCUACCCCGGCCAUGGAAAGAAGUUGGCAAAGAUUGAUGGAAAGGUAUACCAGUUCGUCAAUGCCAAGGCCGAGGCGUCCUUCCUGAUGAAGCGUAAUCCUCGUAAGAUUAGCUGGACUGUCCUUUACCGUCGUAAGCACAAGAAGGGACAACAGGAAGAGCAGGCAAAGAAGAGAACGAGGCGAACCACCAAGUUCCAGCGAGCCAUCACUGGCGCCACUCUCAUGGAUAUCAUGGCCAAGAGGAAUCAGAAGCCAGAGGUCAGGAAGGCUCAGAGGGAACAGGCCAUCAGGGCUGCCAAAGAAAAAACGAAAACCAAGAAGGCAGUAUCCCGAUCAGUGAAGCCGGCUGCUACCAAACAGAAGUCCCAGAAAGCUGCCCGGCCGAUGCAGAGUAAAGCACCCAAAGUAGGAGGAAAGCGAUAAACAUUUUUCUGUAUCAUAUUUGUAAAUCUAUAAAUGAAAAAAAUGAGAGUGGAAAAGAAAA